GUUUUUGCGACACAGCAAACGCGGCCACUGUGGAAAACACCGGUGGAUUACUUAUUGUAUCGGACAUAUCGUAAAUACCGAAGUUACUAUCACCGGCCAGCAGCUAACGAGUUAUUAAAUGGAUCAUCGACAACAAAUCAAAACCCAUUACGAAUCAAUGUUCAAAUGUCGGACGAUAAGCAAACUGUGCCACUGCAACUGUCAUACGAUUCGCCUCAAGAUCAGUUUGCUGUUAAUUAUCAAGAAAUCCUUCGAAAUUACAAGAAAAGUAUGUAUAGCAGACUGAACAAAAGCAGUACAAUAAACAGAUACAAUCCAAACAUGUAUGGUCAAACCAGGAUAAUACAUGCAGAUCCAUCAGCGCAAGCUUUAACAGCUGCGCAGGCAAGCUAUGAUGCAAGGAAUAAGCAGAUGCAGUACGGGUCGAACAAUUCGCAAACACAGCCAAGCGGAUUCACUGGGGAACCCUAUUCACAGAGCUACUAUCAAGCAACACUCAUCAACCGAUAA